CAAAUAUCAACAGUGAUUCUGCAAUCGAUGGCUCCACGGUGCUGGCAUUAUUUCUGUGCUUUGAAUUAGUCUGUGGUGCAGACCAGCUGACCAGUCUUUUUACGGAAAAUAUUUCUUUCUACGUGGCUGACAACAUGGAAGGCAGUUGCUAUCAGAAUGAAGGUUACAUGGAUAACGAGCCUGGUUGUUCCUCAUCGACGACGACCCCUCCUCCAGGUGACCCGUUCCCGCUCGUCACCGUAAUCGUGGAGGAGACGGAACCGCCCCCUAAGCCUCCCUCUUCGCCCACCUUCAGCUGUAAGACACAGCUGUCUGUCCUGUCGCUGGACACGCCCACAUGUCGAAUCUGCCAGGACAGUAAAGCACCGUACCGAUUAGUAUCACCGUGCGGCUGUUCAGGGUCCUCUGAGUUCGUUCAUCGGCGAUGUCUGCUGAAGUGGAUUACACUGAAGGGGGCAGAGGAAUGUGAGAUAUGCCAGAAACCUUACAACAAGAGGAUAUUGCAGGGGGCGCACUUCACUCCAUCGGAAGAGAACACCAUCGCUUCCUCCAUCGUAGUCUUUCUCCUGCUCCUUGCCGUAACUGCUGUGGGAAUAUACCUCCUUGUCGAUCACUUCACCUACUACCAGUCCAACCUGUCGGUCAGUAUAUGGGUACCCAUCAGCCUUCUGUGCGUGGGUCUAAUGGGACUGUCUGCCUUCGUGCCUUGGGUCUUGCUGUUCUGCUCUCGAAUCAACAGACGUCGUGCUCGCUCCCAUCAGUUUGAAACGCCCAUUCAGCUGCGUCUAUGAUGCCUCCCCAAUGCUUCGUACCCCCUGUGCUCAGAUUUCAUUAUCCCCCUUGUUUGUGUACGCAUGCGCACUUUAAGUUGAGGUGAACUCAUCAUGUCUCUGUCACAGCACAAAUCGUGGAUUCAGUGGCCAUGCACGGAUUAAGAGUGGCAUGCUUUUUUGGUUGUUUCAAAACUUUUCCAAGAACCAAGAAAAGAAAAUUGAUUUGGAUUUAUGUUUUGAAAUGGUGUACGAUAUCGUAAAUUGUUCCCCUUGAUAAUGUGUUUUGCUGUGCUAACAUAUCUCAGUAUUCCGCCGUAGACAAUGUCACAGACGCGGAAUUCAUCGAUAAUUUCCUUAGCUAUUCCAACACAAGUACGUCGGAAUCACAAAUAUCUGAAAAAUUAUGAGAAACACAAUCAUUGAGAUCCAUGUCUUUGAGAUAUAUAUGUUAUCAUUGGAAAUCUGUGUUUCCAAAAGUCUAGCAUCUCGGAAUCACAUGUUUCCCAGAUAGAUGAUGAAGGCCCUGCUUGUUUCUGAGGUACAUUUGUGGUGGCUAUGAAUUCUGCCUUUCUACGGUAAACCAUCUGUUGUCGAAUUACCUUCUCAACUUUGAGAAGGUAAUUCAAUUAAAUCGUGAGUGUACGUGUGCGCUUCGGCGUCGUUCUUAGCAGGGAUUACAGGCUUACAGCGAAUACCGAGAGUAAUGGAAUAAAACAGAGAACUGUAUGGAACUGUAUGACGUAAACGACCAUCAAGGAGGGAAUUACCCGUUAUUCUAUGUACCAAACCAUGGUUAACGAUAGCUAAGGAUACAGAAACAGCAUUUGUAAUAAACGAUUUACGAUACAAGUUCACCAGCAAAGAUAAUGGUUUAUCUAUUAAGGGGGGCAUGAGGGAAAGCCCCACCCCCACUCGAGAAAUGUGCCCCUCCAUGUGCCUCCUUCCCCACUCAGAAUGUAGAGAAGGAAAAGAAAUGGGGAUCGCAUUGGUGAUGUCUUUAAAACUAUGACCGAACUCACUGAAUGUUCCCUUCAGAAAAUGAGGCCCCCAAGUUCAUGUCCUGUGCAGUUUUACUCCAGUUACGUUACUGGUUUGAAUGCAAAGCGAGACUCGAACUUCAAAGAGUCGGAUACAAAAUUGCAAAAAAAAACCAGAUGUGGGUUUCACAUCCAGGCAUUAGAUCCAGCGACCUCGAACUUUUCACCUCCAACGGAAUAAAAAUGACCGUCCGUAUCCUGUUGGUUAAUGUGUGACACGAACAAAAUAAUGUCUUACAGGUUGGGAUGUCAUGUCUGUGGUCGAUAAUUAUGUUUGUGUGACUGUAAAGCCGGUGUAAUCGGUAGUUCUCAAUGUCAAGUACACACUAAGAAGUGUUGAACUAACUUCACGUGUGUCUCUCUGUGUUUAAAAUACGUAGUAUUUGACUUUCCAUAUGCACGUCAACCCUAAAACCAAGCGUUGCGUAUCCGUCACAAUCACUCCCGGGGAGAUUUCGAAGGCCGAACGCAACGCGCACGUGUGUUAUGUUCAUGGAAUCGAUUUUUUUUGUCCGUGAAAGUCAAACGCAUCAACGCCUCGUAUAGGCCUACGCAACGCACCUAAAAAAUGUACGUAUGGAAAGGCGCCAUUAAUCUUGCAGGGUGCAUUUAAUACGGUACCUAUUUUACCAUGUAGUGUUAUUUUUGCCGCUGAUUAUAGUUCAUGGCAAUGUUGAUCUCGAGGCUGAGAUUGAAAAGUUGGUGUCGUUUUGGCAAAAACAUUAACCCUAACACUCCUCAGUCCUCCAACAGGUGAAGGAUUGAGGAGGGUUAGGGUUAAGAUGCAUUUUUUUCUCAGUUUUCUGUGAUUUCUCUUAAUCACAUUAUUAAGUGUAAUUUAACGCUGAUGUCACCGAAUCGUUGCGUACUUCCAUACACUGUAAAUACUAAAUCUGAAAUCCAAAAAUUAAUAUCGUGCAAUUAUGUUUAUUUCCUCACAUUUCCUAUGCAUGCCUAUUUCGUGUUAUGUCUGGUCGGAGUUGUGCAAGGUUUUCAUAACAUUAGUAGAGUAAUGUGAUUUUAUUUAUUUAAUUUAUCGGUAUCUGAUCGCAGAUCGGAACUGAAAUGUAAUAUAAUAGUCCUAGAUACGAUCAAAGAAAUCAAGUACACCGUGCUUUGACCUUUAAUGAGGGCAGAGUUAAGGAGAUUCGAAAGAGGGGUGAUAUUACAAGAAAGAGAUCAAGGGAUAAUCAAAUUUUUCGCUUGAUCCCAUGGAUAAUAUCGUGGCGGGAAACUCAUUUUUUUCCCCAAGUGAUGUCUGCUGGUUCAGACUGUAAUCACCUCGUGACGAAAGUUUUCUCAACCAGAACCUUCCUUAAAUCGUUUGAAGUGCAUAACUUUGACAAGGAAUUCCAAAGGGGGUAAUUUUGACCGGGCUCACCGGACCACUGGCCACCGUAGGUAGGGAUCGGAGAGGUGCGCCCUCAAAAAUCGGCGACGGAGUGGGAUAAAAGAUCAAACCAAAUUUCACUAGAUCCGACACCACCGAUGUUUUGUAUUAACCAAUCAGAUUCACGAAGAAAGUUCGUCACUUGGUUCCAAAUGAAUGCCCCAUAGAAACAGACGGACAUUAUGACAUGACUGGCCACCAAGUGAUGUGUUAAUUCACAUUCCAAUUCAUGAUCGGAAUCGGACGUGUGCAAAUGAUGUUAUAAUUAUACUGUUUAACGAAGCAAUGUUCAGAGCUGUCCUGGUGACGGUGAACCGGUCAAAUCGGAAGGCUGUGGCUCCGGGGGAAAAUUAACUAGAAUAGUCUCGAGGGGGAAAAUUAACUAGAAUAGUCUCGAGGGGGAAAAUUAACUAGAAUAGUCUCAAGUAAUGCUAUCAGUGUAUUUUUCAUUAAUGAUGUUGUGAUUACCUUGUUCGUAAAUGAGACUUUCGUUAAUAAAUGCACAAAAUCUCAUUCA